AUGCCAGAAGUAAAGAAACCAAAAGCAGCGUUAGGCAUACGGCACGUACAAUGUGUGAUGCUGUUCUUUGCGAUACUAUUGGCCUACGGCAUGAGGGUGAACAUGAGCAUGGCUAUCGUCGCCAUGACGGACUCUUCUAUGGAAAACACAUUCGACUGGAAUAUGCAAAUUCAGAGCGUGAUAUUGUCUUCUUUCUUCUGGGGCUAUGUGAUUCUUCAGGUUCCUGGCGGCCUCCUUGCUGAUAAGGUCGGCGGCAGUCUCCUUAUCAACAUUAGCGUUGGAGCCAACUCCAUCAUCUCUCUGAUUCUGCCAACUGCUGCAGUUUACGGUGGUUGGUACGCCGUAUGCGCCUGUCGGGUGCUGCAAGGUUUAGCCCAAGGAUUAAUUUAUCCAAGCAUGCACAACCUUAUCGGAAAAUGGGUGCCGUUAGAAGAAAAAAGUCGGUUAGGGACAUUUAUUUAUGCAGACGAUAUCGAUAUGACGAAUAGAACUUCUACUAUUUAUCUUAAUCCAGUAAGCGCAUAUGAACUCAACAAGCUUGUCAAGUCACUCAAAAACUCGAAGUCGCUAGUUUAUCUGGACAUGGCGCCCAAUUUUGCGGGAACUAUGCUUGGCAUCACGAAUGCCCUUGCGAACAUUAUAUCUAUUAUUGCGCCAUUAGCCGCUGGAGCUAUUAUUAAAGACGAGAGUGAAGCGACAGAAUGGCGGAAGGUGUUCUACCUGUCCUCAUUUAUAUAUAUCUUAGGAAAUACCAUCUUCCUCAUUUUCGGAACCAGUAUUCGGCAGUCGUGGAACGAACCGAAGACAGAGAAAAACAUCGAAAAUUCUACUGGUAAGGACAUUUUAUUUUUACUUUACUGA